AUGGAUGGUGAUCUUCGACGCAUGAAGCAGGAUGAACAGCAAGGCCAAUACGCAAGUCAACCGGGCGUGUCCCGUCGCUCUGCUUCCAGAUCAACCGACAGAACGGCAGAACGAAUUAGACAGGCCGCGUUCAAUCCAACACGUGGAGACCCAUCGCAGGCCGCUGGAAGACCACGAAUGCCUGCAUACAUGGACUAUGGAUACACAGACAGCACCUUUCAAGGCGGUGCGUUGCAGGAGGACGAAUUGCAACCGUAUCCGCCGACGUUGCGCGACCACCAGCAGCGCCAGCAACCCUUUCCUUCAUAUGAGUCCGAGCUAGUAUACAACCUCGGGCAGCAGGGCCCAACGCAGACUCCGUACGAGGUCGUGCCACAAUUUUCGUCACGGCAUUCUGCAUCUCUCGAUUCACUCUCCGGCCAAUUUCCUGUUCCACAGUAUUUUGCUCCCAAUGAACCGUCAGGCACCGGGCUCCCUUCGCAUUACCUGCCACCGGGGCUUUCUCUGUCCGCAUAUAAUCAGCCGGGGCCCAUUGGACGGUCGAGCGCAACGCAGCCCUUUCCCGCAACCAUGGCGGACAUGACCCCCGUGGGGGCGGCGGGACAACAGCAGGCGCUAUCGCAGUCGCAGCCGCAGGCCUUGCCUGAGCCUCCACCGUCAGCUGAACCACUUCGACAAUUUCAGCGAGCAUUACGAGUGACCGUCGAUCAUACGCGAGCCGGUCAAUUGGUAGAGGCUAGUCAAUCGUUGCUGGAUAUCUCCGAGUGGCUGGUGGCUACUGCACGGGAGCUCGGUAUUUUGCGGGAUGACCAAAUGCUCCACUCUGAUCGAUUGAAAUUAUGGAAUGAUUUCAAUAUUUGCUGGUUGGCAAUAUGCCAGAGGCAGAAAGACAUGACGCAGGAUUUGCUCCAGACAGGCCGCCAAGCACCCCGAACUAGUCUUCUCGACGUCGAGAUGUUGGAUUCCAUGGGCAAGCAGUUAAUACAUUUUUGUGAUCAACUGGAGCAGCAUGGCCUGGUAGAUUACCAAAUGGGUUGUUCUGCAGCCAGUGAGGUAUUGGGAUGA